CUGACCGCCCUGCGGUCGCUCGGCGUGCCCGUGGUGGCCGCGACGCACGGCAAACUCAUCGGCGGCGGCAUCGCAGUCCUCACUUGCGCCGACUACGUCGUGGCCGCGGCAGAGGCGACCUUCGAGCACGGCAACCUCGUGCGCGGGGUCUGCCCGAUCGGCGGCUACACGGCGCGGCUGCCGCACGCCGUCGGCCCGUCGCGCGCGCUGCGCAUGUACCUGACCAACGAGACGAUCGGCGCCGACCAGGCCUGCGCCAUCCGACUGGUGCACGAGGUGCAGCCC